CCUCUCUCCCUCUCCCCUCGCCUCCCCUCUCUUUUCUCCGCGCCUUUCUUUAGAGAGAGAAAGAUAACUGGGAAAAAAAAUCGAUUUUUGUUUUAAAAAAACUUUGGGAAAAGGAAAUUGAAAUCUAGGGUUAGGGUUUCCUUUUGUAAAUCCGGCAAGCCUCUGUGCUGUUAGUUUUUGCAGUGCCGCGACCGAUUGAGGGAGAUUCGCUGCGAUUUGGUUUGGGAUUAUUGCAGAUCCAUGGGAAAUGAUGAAGCUGUGGCUCCUUCCAAGGCUGUCAAGGCAUCAUCACCUGUGCAGGAGCAACCAGUUGUUCAUCCAUAUCCUGAUUGGGCAGCCAUGCAGGCGUACUAUGGCCCAGGAGUUCCCAUGCCACCACCUUAUUUUAACGGUACAGUUGCAACUGGUCAUCCACCUCAUCCAUACAUGUGGGGUCCACAGCCUUUGAUGCCCCCUUAUGCGACACCAUAUGCUGCAAUGUAUCCCCAUGGACUUUACUCUCAUCCUUCGGCAGGCUUAAUGGUAUCUCCUUCAAGCACAGAUGUGCCUUCUAAGUCAUCAAAUAACAAAGACGUAGGAUUAAUGAAAAAGCUCAAGGGGUUUGAUGGUCUUGCUGUGUCAAUUGGUAAUGUCAGUGCUGAGAUUGCAGCUGGUGAUGGGAGUGGGCAGUCACAAAGUGGAGAUAAUGGACCUGAAGGCUCAAGUGAUGCUAGUGAUGAAAAUAAUGAAUCAGGAGGGAAGGAAAACCGAAAGAAGAGGAGCUCUGAUGGUACACCUACCUCAGGUGAUAAGAAAGUUUGUGCUUUGGCCAAUACUAUUCAUAGUGUUGCAGCUCCAGAGAUGGCUGUAGGAGUUGUUAUGUCUCCUUCUCCUAUCACAUGCAAGCCAAUGUGCACUCUGCCUGCAUUAAGUCAAGCGCCGGGGAUGGAGCUCAAGGCUUCUGCUACCAGUCAACUGAAAGCUGGAGUGAACCCUGAACAAUGGACUCAGGAUGAGAGGGAGUUGAAGAGAGAAAGGAGGAAACAGUCCAACAGAGAAUCAGCUCGAAGGUCAAGAUUGAGGAAACAGGCUGAAACUGAGGAAUUGGCAACAAAAGUUGAAUCUCUGGGCGCUGAAAACGUUUCUCUGAGAUCUGAAAUUAGCCAGCUUAAAGAGAAUUCAGAGAAACUGAGAGCAGAAAAUUCCUCAUUAAUGGAGAAAUUGAAGAAUGUGCAAGACGUUUCUUCAGAUGAACUGGAAAAUCAAGAAACUCCUACAAUUGUAGUUGAAAACUUCUUGUCUAGAAUAGACGAGUUAAGGCAAGACGAGAACCAUGAGAACUCGAAUGGUGGCAAGCUACACCAGCUUAUGGACUCCAACCCUAGAACUGAUGCUGUAGCUGCAGGAUGACACUUGAAUACUGAUGUUUCCACUAAUACGCAGUUUUGGGUUGUUUUUUAUCUUCCCAAAACUACUAAUAUUUUAUCAGGUCUUGAAGUGGUAUACAAUGAGUUGGCAUUCUAAAAGACUGAUUACCAAGGAAGUCUAAUGGUUUUACUGUAUCUUUGAUUUUGGGGUGUUUAUUAUCCUAACUGUGUGAUCCAUCCAUGGAGUUCAAGGUUUUAUUAUAACCCAUGUUGUUUGAGAUUGCAGGAAUUAGAAAAGUUAUGUAUAUUGAAGUUUGUUAAUUUCCAGGGUGUUGUAUUAUUACAUAAAAAUAAUUUAUAUAAACUUUACAAAGUUCU